AUGGAGGAGAAUGCACUCAGGCACUCAGGAACCAACCAGCCUGAUGUGUUCACUGUCCACCAGGAGACUGGCCUCGCCCGCUUUGCAGGUCCUCGGCCUCCGCCCUACCCAGCCCGCCACCCGCGUCUGCAGACCGACCCGCAGGGGCCUUCCCCACACCUCGGCGGGCGGGGCCCCCGGCUGGGAAACGCAGGCCGGGAAACCCGCACCAGGGCCCGCGACCACGCGCGCCGCCACCCCCCGCGCGGGUCCCGGCCGGCGGACACCCGCCCGCCCAACCGCCGCCCGGCGCGCAGGCAGCCCAACCGCCGUCCCGGCCCAACCAACGCGGGAGGGGAGGAGAGGAGCGCAUGGCCGGCGGGGCAUGCGAGCCGCUCGGGGGGCGCGGGGCAGGCUGCGAGCCGGGGAGACGAGGCGGCGGCGCCGAAGCCCGCGCUGGAAGCGGGACCCGGGCAGCUUCCCGGAGGGGCCUCGCCCCUUUUCGCGAAGGAGGACAUCCACAUCCUAGUGUCCUUUAAGACUGCUUUCUCAGAGUACAGCCAAGAGCAUAGAAAAAGCCCGGGCUUUGGAAUGACAAGCUGGAAACUCUCUUCUGACAACACAGACAGCAACCCAAUGUCAGAGACUUUGCUCUUUGUGUCUGCAGGGAAUGGUUUCACUGUCGGUGACCUGUACUUUGCUGUGUUGCUUUGAAGAUUAAAUGAGAUCAUACUUUUAACAUUCUCUUCCGACACUGAAACAGAAGGGUUAGCGAUGAUAAAUAGCCUGCAGAGCGAGUGCCUUGUAGUCCCAGUUCUUGAGUGCAAAGGCAGAAUUGUUUGAGGGUAAUCUGGCCUACAUAAUUCCAGGCCAGCCAGCAGUAUACAGCAGGAUUCCAUCUCCAAACAAAAAAGCCCUCCAAAGCUACUACUGCCUUGUAGUACUUUGGAAAAAAGUAGUACUCCGAAGCAAAAGACUUGAGGAUAGAAAACACCCUCAGGGAGAAAAACUAAAGUCUGCUCAAAUACAUUGCUCACAGUUUUGUUUAAAUGACUGAAAACAGUGAAAAGCUGAGGCCAGUGUUCUGUUUUUUAAACUCAAAGACACACAGCCUUGGGAGGCAGGAAUUGAUGAAGAUGUCUCGAAUUGUUCUUCCAUAGACGCCUUUGGGAGCAGCCCUGGAUGUGGAAUAAAGGCUAUCAGUAGCUAAGCCUUGCGGCUAAAUUGAAAAGAAAGCAAGAAAGCAAGGCUGAUGAGAAUACAGCACUAUUUUCUCUCCUCUCUGGGUCUAUUAACAAGAAGUCAUUUGCUUUUGGAAUGGUUAUAGUGGCUAAAGAAGUCUCUGGGAUGAUGCCUCAGUGCUGUAAAUCGACAUGGCCAGAGGGAGAUGGGCCCUUGGAUCACUGCCAUGCCCUGUAUCCAUGACCUCUAGAGAUCCUUUUGAGAUUUAACCAUAUUAUAUCUUCUCUGAUGGAUUAAGAGUCUCAGAGGUCAGGUUAUCAGAAAUGGCACAAAGGACACUUACCAGGAGAAGUGGAACUAUCUGUCUAACUGGGACUUAAAUAUAUAUGUUCUAAAACCUUUUUCAUAACCAGAGUGAAAUUACUGUGAUAUAUAAAGAGGCCAAUUUUUAUUUCUGCA